AUGGAUGAUAACAAGGAAAUCCGAUUUAAAUAUCAUUCUGCUUUGGGUCCACUAGUUUUUGUUGUCGAUACACUUGAAAAUCCACAGAAUUUCCCCCAAAAACUUGUCGUUAAGUUUACACAACGGUACCCUGUUUCUCUCCACCAACAUUGCGCAAAACUAUAUAUCGCUCCUGAGAUUUAUGGACAUACGCGUUACCUGGCAAUUGCAUCUUUGCCGACUGUUCGUUUUGUUGACUGGGACUGGGCUGGUGAGCAUGGGCAAGUCAAAUAUCCCAUAUCAAUUAAUCCUGCCAUCAUUCGUCAUGAUAGUGCUCGGGCUCUAGGACCAAUUCUAAAGGAACACGACCAAUUUAUGGUCUCACAAUUAGGCUUUAAAGCCAAUAUUUAG